UAGAACGACAGUUUUGAUUAGUUUCUUCAUCAUCAAUGCCAAUAUCAAAAAAGAUAUSUAAKGAAGUAAGGUAGUAUAAAAUCAGGCAGGAGAAGUUGGAGAUUGUGUCUAUAAUAUGGCGAAAUUUUGGCUUCAAACUUUUACGUAUUAUCUUGUUUUCACUACACUUGUAACGACACAGCUACCAUUUGUAGUUUCUACAGAUCCAUCUUGUGGAGMMGUCAUAUUUGKUUUCGGGUKCUWUGGAGUAGUUCUUUCAUUUGGUGGUUACGRGAUUGYAGAACUUUAUCGUUGGUAUAAGAAAUGYCCUUAUUCGGAAUGCUGUACCGAAAACUGGGUCAAACCAAAUAUCACGGGACUAAAACGCGACCUCAAUGCACGUCUUUUGGGACAACACUUAGUCAGGAAUACAGCCUUCACAGCUAUCAAAGGACAUGUCACUAACGACAAUCCAGAGAAAGCCCUUGCGCUGUCAUUCAAUGGCUGUACUGGUUGCGGAAAGAACUUUGUCAGCAAAAUCAUUGCUGAAAAUCUGUACAAGAAAGGAAUGGAUAGCGAAUAUGUGCACUUACUAAUUGSAACUCACCACUUCCCACACAAGCACCAAUUAGAGAGCUACAAAAUCUGGCUGAGUAGAUGGGUAAUUGCGAACAUCGCYAAGUGCCCCAGAUCUCUGUUUAUAUUUGACGAGAUGGAUAAGAUGCCAGAAGGUCUAGUDGAUGUUCUAAAACCCUUCUUAGACCACUACCCUGAGGUUGAAGGGGUAGAUUGCAGGAAAGCAAUAUUUAUUUUCCUGAGUAACACUGGGGCUAGACUUAUCAACAGUGCAGCGCUGGAAAACUGGAGUAAAGGGAAAGAUCGAAAUGCAAUAACUAUCAAAGACAUGGACAAAAUAAUCAAUUUGGGAGCUUUCAAUGAAAAAGGCGGUUUUUGGCAUGCAACUCUGAUUGAAAAACAUCUGAUUGAUUAUUUCAUACCUUUCCUUCCACUAGAAAGAUCACAUAUUAAAGAGUGUGCCAGGGUUGAUCUUAAACUAAAGCAUCAUUCCACAAAUAAGCACAUUUUGGACUUGAUUGCAGAUGAAAUGCAGUAUUAUCCUGAGGAUACUAAAGUAUUUUCUACAUCUGGAUGCAAAAAAGUACCUUCUAAAGUAGACUUGAUUAUCAACCAAGAUGACUAAUGAUUGCUAUGUCACCUUGAUCUACAAGUGGAUGGGUUAUUUAGUUUUCUUUUCUUCCUCUUAUUUGAUAACUAUUAAAUAACUAUUAAAUAUCCCACUUCAAUCACUAAGAUCCACAGCAUGUCCCUUUACUACUGGGGACAGAUUCAGAACAUUCAUAACAACACUAACUUCACAUAGCUCUAACUCUUGGAUGUGCAUUUAAGGCCAAAAAAACAGAAUUCACAUCUUUAUAAAUCACCCUGUAUACAUAUAAUUAGAAUCAAUCAAUUGUUUUUAGAUUUUAAAAAUACAUUAUGCAUGAUCGCCUAAAACUUUUUUUAAGUUAGAUAGCAUGGUUUUGUUGUUAAUUUAAUGCAUUCAGAAUAAUUAUAAUAGAUCUAACUGAAAACUUUUAUGAUUAUUAUAAUAGAAAACACUAUCAUAUUUUCUAAUAAUUUUGUAGGUAAUAUUUUAAGUAAUGAACGUACAUUUAUUAGUAAAUAAAAUAUACAUCUUGCAGUCUCCGUGCAUGAUCAUACUCAUACACGUACCAAUUUGAUUUGUAAAACUCAUAAAUAAUUAAUGAGGAAAACACAAUAGAAAUCACAACCGUGACAGAGUGUU